AUGGUGAUGAUUAAGAAUAGUGAAAAGACGGAUAAAUAUUUUUCAGAGAAACAGGUGUUUUACCUUGGUGAUGAGGGUGUUGCCCCAGGCAAAGGAGCAAACACAGUUGUCAGCUACCUCCACCAUUACCUUGAAAACUACGGCCUGGGUGAGGAACAUGCCCAGUUCCACUUUGACAAUUGCCAAGGACAGAACAAAACUAAUGCAGUUCUUGGUUAUGCUGUGUGGAGAACAUUGACAGGAGGGCAUAAGACAAUCCAGUACUCACUGAUGCUAGCCGGCCACACCAAGUUUUCAUGCGAUUGGCAUUUUGGAGUUUGGAAAAACAGAUGGAGACACAUGGAUGCAGAGACAGUUGAGGAGGUGGCUUCCACAGUAACAAUGUCAUCCCGUAAUGGCCACAACAUCCCCCAUAUUGUUGAUGGCAUGUUUAAACCAUUGAAGAGCAUUUCAAAAUACCAUUCAUUUGAGGUGUCUUCUAACGAGCUUGGGAUUGUAAGAGUAAGGAAGUUUGUUGAUGCCCCUGAGGAGAAAAUUAACAUACUGAAAACCUGCCAAGUGGAUAUUUGUAUUCUGCCAGAGCAGAUCUUUGGUGAGGGAAUAAAUGCUGAAAGGCAGUGGUACUUGCAUGAUGUAAUAAGAGACAUUUGCAGAUCGGAUCAUGCUAAAAACACAACAUGCCCUUUGUCAUUAGUUGCAAAAGAAGGCUAUUCAAAGGCCAAAAAACAAAAGUUGAAAUAGGUAACUUUAUUGAGAACACUUUCUAUGUGUGUUUCAGCAAAAGUUAUAGUUUGUGUCUUGCUAUAAAGAGAUUGGCAUGUAUAAGUUGAAGUUUUAUGUUUUCAUUUUCAUUCAAAGAAUAUAUUUCUUUGUGUAACAUUGAUAAAAUAUUUAUGAUUUUAUGAAUGUAUGGUUUCCAUGGCAACCAAAAGUAACACACUUGAUUGAUCAUUGAAUACUUAUGUAUAAACAUGUAUUUCAAUUAUGGAAAUAUCAUUGAACAGUUGGCCAUCUAUAAGUAAAGUAUGAUGGCACUCAUAUUUUCCAUACAUGACUGCAGUAUAAUAUUCAAGUGUACAUUAUAAAUCUACAUGUUAUAACUUAAUAGUUAUACAUUAACAUAGUUUCAAUGUUCCUUGCAUGCAUAUGUUUGUUCUCAAUUUUGUCAAAUAAGGCAUGUGUCAAUGCUUUCCUUGUAAAUACAUUUCAUUCUGUGUCAUCUUACAACUCCAAAAUAAUGAAACGAGCAAAAAAAUUAUUUUAGGUAUAAGUAAGUUGCUAUGGCAACCAAAUAUAACAUGUCUUCUUAUUGAUUUAAAAAAUAAUUGAUUUCACCAGACAAGUUACAUCUUUUAAAUAAUUGCUUGUUUUAAAAUAAUAUGUUUGUGUUUUGA